AUGAAUGGUGCUUCUGCAUCUAGUAGCUUAAGGGCAGCUUUCUCAUACUGUGUGCAGCAAGUCCGUAGUUAUGAUUACCAUAACUACCUUUGCCUCCUUGAACUCCCCCCUAACAUGCGAAAGGUUGCAUUUGCAGUCCGUGCCUUAAAUGUUGAAACAGCUCGUGCUAUGGAUGUUGCUUCUGAUCCGAGGAUUGGUCUUAUGCGCCUCGUCUGGUGGCAAGAAGCCAUAGACAAAAUCUAUGCCAACAAGUUAAUUGAGCACCCAACAGCACAAGCCCUGUUGUCAGUGGUACAUGAGAACAAAAUUAGCAAGGUAUGGCUGAAACGGUCUGUAGAAGCUCGGAUCAGUGAUGCAAGAAAGGAGGUUGGUGACACCCCAGAAAAAAUUGAAGAAUUGGAGAGAUAUGCGGAAGAUACUGUAUCAACUCUUCUUUACAUGACACUUCAAGCUGGUGGUAUCAGGUCCACUGCAGCCGAUCAUGCAGCAUCACAUAUUGGUAAAGCAAGUGGUCUUCUUUUGCUGAUUAAGUCAUUGCCAUAUCAUGGUAGUCGAAACCGCCAUUUUUCUUAUAUACCAACCGAAGUGGCAGCCAAGCAUGGAUUGCUGGUUAAGCAUGGAGGUCAAUCAGAGAUUCAUUUGGAUUCUCGUGAGGGCUUAUGUGAAGCGGUUUUUGAGAUGGCAUCAGUUGCUAAUGUCCAUUUGCAGAAGGCUCGUGACUUAGCUGGUACAGUACCUGUAGAGGCUCUCCCAGUGCUGCUGCCAGCCGUGCCUGCCCAGGUUCUACUGGACUCUUUGAGCCGAGUGAAUUUUGAUGUGUUUGAUCCAAGGUUAGCGCGAGGGAUUCUUGGUAUUCCUCCUUUGUGGUAUCAGUUGAAAUUGAAGUGGCAUUCAUGGAGGGAAAAAUACUGA